ACCUGAAGCAUCUCUUUCCCAUGUGCAGGUCUCCCCACUGCUCAGCCAGAUCUGCUCACCUGUGAGUGACAACUAAGAGCCAGAGAUGGUGAAGACAGAGUAGACUGUAGCAAAGGACCCAGGAUCUGUUGACGUUUAGCAAUGUGGCUGUGGACUUCUCCCAGGAGGAGUGGGAGUUUCUCGACUCUUCUCAAAGGGCUUUGUACAUGGACGUAAUGUGGGAGAAUUACAGCAACCUAGUUUUUGUAGAGAACCAUUGCAUAUGUGGUAAAUAUGAGGAGGUUGUGGAUCAAGGCUCAAAGCAUAUUGUCUGUCAACAUGCAAGUACCCAAAAGAAGUCUUACACAUGUUGUGAGUUUGGCAAAAUAGUUCAUGAAUCCUCCCAAGGUGUACCUUAUAACACAAACGAUACUACAGAAAACUGCGAGUACAGAAGUGGGAACCUCAAGGAUGCCGCCAUUGAAUCAUCAACUCCCACGACACAGAAAAGUGGGAACACUGGAGAAGAACAAGACAAAUAUAAAGAUUAUAAAGAAUAUUUAAAUUUGUGUUCUGUCAUUAGCCAAUAUCAACAAGUCCACACUGGAAAGAAAGAACACAAAAAUACAGAGUAUGAUACAUUUUUUGACUCGAAACAUGAACUCACGAUGAAACAACUCUGUAGUGGACAGAAACCAUACCAGUGCAGGAAAUGUGGAAAAUGCUUCAGGACCUAUUCGAGCCUCUAUAGACACCAGAGAGCUCAUCCUGGGGAGAAACCCUAUAACUUUACAGAAUGUGACAAGCCCUUUCUGUAUUUGUCACACCACAAUGUACAUUACAACAUUCAUUAUGGAGAAAAACCGUACAAAUGUACAGAGUGUGGUAAAUGCUUUUAUCAUUCAUCAGGCUUUAAAAGACAUUACAGAAUCCACACUGGAGAGGAGACUUGCAAAUAUAACGGUGGUAGAAAAUCCUUUCUCUGCUGCUUAGGUCUUAGAAAACCUCAUAAAAUUCAUGGAGGAGGAAGACCUUAUGAAUGUAAGCAAUGUAGCAAGUCCUUCUAUACGUUAUCACACCUUGAACAGCAUUACAGAAUCCACCGUAGAGAGAAACUUUACCGAUGUAACGAAUGCGGCAAGUUCCUUUCCACUUCUUCAGGCCUUCAAAGGCAUCAGAGAAUUCAUAGAGGAGAGAAAUCUUACGUAUGUUCAGAUUGUGACAAAUGUUUUAUCCAGAAGUCCCAACUUAAAACACAUCAAAAGAUUCAUACAGGAGAGAAAACUUACAAAUGCAGUGAAUGCGAGAAAUCCUUCACCGUUGGCUCAUCUCUUAGAAUACAUCAAAGAAUCCAUACUGGAGAGAAACCCUAUGAAUGCAGUGAGUGUCACAAGUGCUUUGUCCAGCAAGCCCACCUGAGACGACAUCAGAAAAUUCACACAGGAGAGAAACCUUACAAAUGCGGUGAAUGUGACAAAUCCUUUACCGUUGCCUCAGAUCUCAGAAUGCAUCAGAAAAUCCAUACAGGAGAGAAGCCUUACAAAUGUGGUGAAUGUGACAAAUGCUUUAUCCAGAAAGCUAAGCUUAGAAAACAUCAGAGAAUUCACACAGGCGAGAAACCUUACAAAUGUAGUGAAUGUGACAAAUCCUUUACUGUUGGCUCAGACCUUAGAACGCAUCAGAAAAUUCAUACCGGAGAGAAACCUUACAAAUGUACUGAGUGUGACAAAUCCUUUAUCCGGAAAGCCAACCUUAGACGACAUCACAGAAUUCAUACGGGGGAGAAACCGUACAAGUGUAGUGACUGUGACAAAUGCUUUAUCCAGAAAGCCAAUCUUAGAACUCAUCAGAGAAUUCACACAGGAGAGAAACCUUACAAAUGUAGCGAAUGUGGAAAAUCCUUCACGGUUGGCUCAGACCUUAGGAAGCAUCAGAAAUGUCACACCGGAGAAAAACCUUACAAAUGCAAUGAAUGUGAGAAAUGCUUUAUCCGGAAAGCCCACCUUAGAAGGCAUUACAGAAUCCAUACAGGAGAGAAACCUUACAAGUGUAGUUACUGUGCCAAAUGCUUUAUCCAGAAAGCCAAUCUUAGGACACAUCAAAAAAUCCAUACAGGAGAGAAACCUUACAAAUGCAGUGACUGUGACAAACGCUUUAUCCAGAAAGAUCAUCUUAGAACACAUCAGAGACUUCAUACAGGAGAGAAACCAUACAAAUGUAGCGAAUGUGAAAAAUCCUUUACUGGUGGCUCCGUUCUUAGAAAACAUCAGAAAAUUCAUACUGGAAGAAGUGUGAAUUUUAGCAAUGCCGUGAAUCUGACUAACCCUUUAUCUAAGAAGCCCACCUUAGAACUCAUCAAAGAAUUGAUACAGGAGAGAAGCCUAAUAAAUGCAGUGUGUAUGGCCCAGUCUCUACCUGCCUCUCAGGCCUAAGAAAACAUCAGAAACUUCAUACUGGAAUAAAAGAAGUUUCAAUAGCAAAUAAUAUGGCAUAUGCUUUGUCCAGACUCUGUUCUAAUGGGCCACUACAGGUUCCCCACUAGAGAAUAGUUGUGAAUAUGAGAAACCUGGGAAUGCCUUUAAGUAAUUACGUCCAAAUCUUGGUGAAAAAAUAUCAAGACUUUAAACUGAAGGAAUAAAUGCAAAUGUGACAUUGUAGAAAAAAAAAUUGUUAAAAUGUUUUACUUUUUCAACCUCAACCUAUUUCAUAGUGAAGACGAAAUGGAGAAUCCUGAAGAAUAUUCUAUUGUGUAGCAGUUUUGUUUUGUUGUUUUCGUUAUUUUUGAGACUAAAACAUUUCAUCCUCUAGGGAAGCGAAUUAAAACAGGAAAUAAACCGCUCAAAAUAGCAUCAAGAAGUCCCUGAAGCAGACAGGAAUCAUUGUGCUUAAUAACAUCUGAAGAAACUCACACCAGUGUUGCUGCUUAGAAGGGGUUUGAUGGAUUGAACCAGUAAGAGACGAUGCCCUUUUCCCUGUAGAUAAGCCUACAGUUGUGUAGUGUGCUCUGGGUGCUCAGUGUUCAUAAGCUGUAUUUCAUGUUGGUUUGCAUUUCAUGAUGGCAAUUGUCUUUGAAUCCCUUAUGCUCCUAGAAG